AAAAUUCAAACAUUAAUAAUGUUUCGGUCUCAUUGCCACGUCGUUCUGUCAUAACCCAUGUGGUUUCCGAAGGUCAACCUUCUGCUUUUAGCGGCUUUUUAAGAGCGUACGAAUGAUUCAGACAGAUGCAGAUAUUGCGAGUGUUGAACUUUAUACUCUACGCCCGACACUACUUCACGGAUAUGUUUUACCAUUCAUACUUUUUUAUUCUAUUUGGAUUGGAUACUGGACCAAUAUUCUUGGUUUUCAGGAGUAUAUGGAAUUCGGUCUUAUAGUUAUCGCAGCCAUUGGAUUUGUACAAAUAAUUGUCUGUCUCUGCUGUCACUGGUUUGUUGAAUUUAAGUGUCUUAUGACUUGCAAAAAACAAUCCAGUGUUGCGGCGUCUGAGUAUGUCAAGGUAGUUCCGACCCCUAACACAGGUUAUCCAAUGAUCGUUAAGAUUGAAAAACAAGAGUGUCGCUCCUCCGGAUUUAUACACGCCUUUCAUUUCCAACGAUUAAAGUAUGUAUUUAGGACUGACGAGAAAGACAGUUUCCAUCCGAUCGAAUUUCCAGUUGAUUGGAGUAUGAAAGCAUAUCUUAGUUGGAAGGGUUAUGAGACGGUUGAUCAUCAGGUUGAAGCACAGCGUAAAUAUGGAUUGAAUGAACUCCAUUUAGAUGUUCCAUCUUUCGCUGAGCUGUUCAAAGAGCGUGCAACUGCCCCGUUUUUUGUCUUCCAAGUAUUCUCAGUUGGGCUGUGGUGCCUUGAUGAAUAUUGGAUCUACCCACUGAUUGCUUUGGGUAUGCUAUGCCUCUUUGAAGCCAGCUUAGUACAACAGCAAUUAAAAAAUCUAUCUGAAAUACGCUCUAUGUCUGAAAAGCCAUACAACAUCUAUGUUUAUCGUCAAAAGAAGUGGGUACGUGUACGGACGGACCAGUUGAUCGCUGGUGAUAUUAUUUCUAUAUCUGAGAAUGAUCAAAAAUUCUGCAUUCCUGCUGACUUACUCCUUUUAAGGGGUACAUGCAUUGUGGACGAAUCAAUGCUCACUGGAGAAUCAGUUCCUGUUAGCAAAGAUCCUUGUGAGGUUCUCAAAGCAGAUGAACACUUUACGUUCGAUGAUGAUCAUAAGACCCAGAUUUUGUUUGGUGGAACCAAAGUAGUACAGUUUACUCCCCCUUCUAAGUCUACAAAUUCCCUAAAAGCACCUGACAAUGGUUGCAUCUGCUUUGUACUUCGUACGGGUUUGAGUACUUCACAAGGUCGUUUACUGAAAACUAUAAUGUAUAGUGUAAAGGCCGUUACAGCAAAUAAUGCUGAAAGCUUUCUUUUCAUAGCCUUCUUACUUAUUUUCGCGUUGAUUGCAUCAGCCUAUGUCUGGAUAGAAGGUACAGCUGAUCCCCGUCGGAAUCGAUAUAAACUGUUUCUUGAAUGUACUCUCAUUCUAACAUCUGUUAUUCCACAGGAACUCCCACUAGAAUUGUCUUUAGCCGUGAAUUCAUCUUUGAUUGCAUUGUGCAAACUUUUGGUUUAUUGUACUGAACCUUUUCGAAUUCCAUUUGCUGGUAAGAUUGAUAUUUGUGCCUUUGAUAAAACUGGUACUUUGACGGAAGAUAUUGUCGUAGUUGAAGGAGUUACAGGUUUAAAUGAUCAACCAUCAAAUAAAUUGCUACAAGUAAAACAAUGUCCACUAUCUACCAUCCAAGUGUUAGCUAGUUGUCAUUCUUUGAUAAAUACUAGUGCUUCUGGUCUGAUUGGUGAUCCUAUGGAAAAAGCUAUGUUAGCAUCGACUAGUUGGUCGUUGAAUGAUCAGAAUGAAGUAUAUGGUCGUACUAUACCACGUAGUUCUCCAUUGAAAAUAUGUCAAAGAUUUCGAUUCGAUAGUACACUACGUCGUAUGUCUGUUGUAGUUAGCCAUUAUUUGCCGUCUAGCGUAGAUCGAAAUUACUUGGUCUGUGUCAAAGGAUCACCAGAAACUAUUCUCCCAAUGCUUGUCGAUGCACCACCAGACUAUGAAGAAGCUUAUCUUACUAUGGCUAGACGGGGUGCUCGUGUUUUAGCUUUGGGACAGAAGACCUUAGGUCAACUUACACAUGAGCAGGUGAGAGACUUAACUCGUGAAUUUGUUGAGUCGGAUAUACACUUUUGUGGUUUCGUCAUUAUUUCUUGCCCGUUAAAACCGGACUCUUUGACUGUGAUAAAAGAUCUUAGUUAUUCCAGUCAUCAUAUUAGUAUGAUCACAGGUGAUAAUCCACUUACAGCCUGUCAUGUAAGCAGUAUUGUGGGAAUAGUUCGAUCGAAUGUUCCUGUACUCGUAUUAAGUCCACCAAACGCAUUACACGAACAAUGGCAUUGGCAAUCGGUUGAUGAAUCUGUUAUACUACCUAUGCUGGAUGUGAAUACCAAGGAUGCUAAGUCCAAACUUUCACAACUUAUACAAAAGUAUGAUGUUUGUUUAACAGGCGAAGGAAUCGAUUAUCUGUCAAAAACAAAUUCUAGUUUUCUACGACAAUUAAUUCCAAAAGCUAAAAUUUACGCUCGCGUUGCACCGAAACAAAAAGAAUCUAUACUAGUUCAAUUGAAACGUAUGGGAUAUAUCACAUUAAUGUGUGGUGAUGGGACAAAUGAUGUUGGGGCAUUAAAACAAGCACAUGUUGGUGUCGCGCUGCUUAAUGAAACGAGUACAUCUGUUUCUCUUGUGGAAUCAACUGAGACUAAACAGGCAAGCCCUUCAUCUAAGAAUAUACGUCAGAAAAAUCAUGGGGGUGCUUUCAGUCGUGCUAAUCGUGGUGAUGUUCACUCUACGAAUGCUAAUAUAAAUAACAGUAAUCCAGCUGUACGCCCGUCAUUCAAUUUGCCUGCACUAGAUACAGAACAAGAAGUAUCAGUGGUUCGUCUUGGUAAUGCUAGUAUCGCAGCUCCUUUUACUGCGAAAAUGUCUUCUCCUAUUGGAGUCUGUCAUAUUGUUAUGCAAGGACGUUGUACAUUGGUGACUACAUUGCAAAUGUAUAAAAUUCUAGCUAUAAAUGCAUUGAUCAUUGCUUAUAGUUCAUCAGUUUUAUAUCUGAAAGGUUUUAAAAUAUCUGAUACUCAAGCAACUAUUCGUGCUUUACUUCUAUCAGCUUGUUUUCUAUUCAUUUCACGCUCUAAGCCGCUAAAAGCACUUUCUAAAGAGCGCCCUAUACCGAACAUAUUUAAUGUGUAUACGCUACUUACUGUGUCCUUACAGUUUCUUGUUCACUUCUAUGUGCUGUAUUUGUUAACCAUGGAAGCUGAAUUAAGAAUGCCUAAAGUGGAUGAUGAUUUCAUAGAUUUACAUGCUGAAUUUAAACCUUCAGUUUUGAACACUUUAGUCUAUCUCAUUUCAACCGGAAUGGAAACAGUCACAUUGGCUGUAAACUAUACUGGUCAUCCGUUUAUGGAGUCUUUGAUUGAGAAUAAACCAAUGUUGAUUUCUUUGAUUGUCGCCGUAUUAGGAAUUGUAAUUCUACCUUUUGGUCCAUUCGCUGAUGCUUUACAGUUAGUUCAUUUAGAUUAUGAUCUCCGUAUAAUGUUUUUCAAAGUAUUGGCAUUCGAUUUCAUAGCUUCAUUUUUGAUAGAUCGUGUAUUAGUCUUUAUCUUUGGUCGAGUCAAACAAAAAUCCCUUUAAUGUAUCCAAUCAAUGUAUCAACCAUAUUGAUUGAUGGAAGAAACGCAUCCGUCGGAGACAACCAUCAGUUUUCGUUUUCAUUUAAUUAAUUUACAUGCACACAUGUAUUUGUAUUAACAAGUUAACUGUGUAUAUAUGUGGGCAUGACAAUUCAUUUUGAUAUGUAAUAAUAAUAAUAACUAUUGUUAGGAUAUGUUUUCAUUUUAUCUUUUUUUUGAAUAGGUGUACUAAUCUGUCUAAUGUGCACCUUCAUAACUUCUACAGUAUAAUAGUAGUAAAAUGGUGUUAAUAUUUUUCUCUCUUCUAGAAUAUUAAGCAAAUGUCCUUACUUCACUUUCUUCAUUCGCUUUUUUUCAUUAAAGAAAUAAAUAUCUGUCCUAAUAAUUAUAUACAUAAAGACCUUAAUGCGUCGAUAUAUGAAUUUAUUGUUGUGGGAAGGUUUGGUGUGUGAUUAUUGAUGAUACUUUCAUUGACAAUCAUGAUAGUAUUCGGUUUUUCGUUUUGUUUUCUACGUUGUGGUUGAAUUAUAUAUAUACAUGUUUGAUUCAUCGUAUCACUUCUUUUGGAAUACAGAAAUUCAUAUUGAAGUUCCUUCGAAGUAGAGAUUUUUUGUUUUGUUUAUAUUAUAUAUUAUCUUUUAUGUUGUGCUUAAUAAUCAUCGUCACACACUACUACCAUUCAUUUACCUUGGUGUUCUUGUGUCAUUUGUAAACUUGUUUUAUCUUUAUCCAUCUCUAGUUUUAUUCUUUUUUUUUGUUCCGGUUAAUAUUUCUUGUGUCCCAUUUUCUUUCUCACCUCUUUAUCUUAUCUCUUUCAUGAUAAUGUUUAUUAAGUAUUUGUAUAAUGCGUGUACACUGAAUUCUCACUUUAUUAUUAAGCUGUUGACAAUUUAUAGAAAUUAUUUGUUGUGAUAAAUUUAUUACCCAAUAUAAAAUAUAAAUUUAUUAUUUGUGUGUAUUUUCCAUAUAUUCUCUCUUAUUCACCUUUUUGUUCUGUUCCUCCCUUUUUUUUCUAUUGACGAUAGUUUUUAUUACUGUGUAUUUGUAUAUGUCUUUUUGUAUGCUAUUCAGUUUAUACCCCAAGUACAAUGUACACAAUAGUUUAUGGGGAUUAGUUAUUUCUAAUAAAAUGUACAAGCGUUUUUUCCCCAGUUAUUUAAUUCAUCUUUUUUUCUCUCUUUGUGUAUUGUUAAACAUUUAUAUAUAUACAUAAAGCAAUUGAAGUUUUCAUGUUUUGUUAUAUGUUUAUGUGUUAAAAGGAAUCUACGCAUUCUACAGCGAUUUCUAUUUGUUUUUAUCAUAAAUCUACACUGAUCCUGAAAUAAUAAAUAAUUUUGUACAAUAAGUUGUUCUGUUUUCUUUCGAUUUUCUUUUUUUGUGUGCUUGUGCUUAGAUUUAAGUUUGUGAUAAUACGUGACUUAUAACAAAUUUUCAAUGUAGUAUAUUUUAAUUUUAUUUAGUAAAGAAUAGAAUUGUU